AAGAGAAAUACUACAUCUAAUGAUCUAGUAAUCACAAAAGAAAAUAUUAAUGGAUCAUCGUGAGGUGUGCGAGUUGCUACAACAAACUAUUGUGGAAUUUUGCCGGCAAAAUGUAUCUUCAUGGUGUAAUGACAUUGAAGUAGAUGGAAUUAUAUGUAUAUCUCCCAAAAAUUCCUCAACUCACCAUGUUGUCAAAAUCCAUGAAAGAUUACAACCAACAGUUCCAGAUCAAGAAAUGCAGGAUAAAUUCCAACUUUGUGACAUGAAAUCCAGGUUGGGUGAUCCACUGAGCCUUGACAUGAACAUUAAACAAAGCAUUGUUCAUGAUCCUUGUGCAUAUAAUAAAACUAAAUCUCCAAAUCAAAUCAAAGAUAUCACAUCAAACGUUUCUGAAAUGAUGAAUGGUGAUGUUGCAAUAAUUAGUCUAGAAAACUCAACUGAACUUGAGGGUGACAAUUGUUCAGAGUAUUUAGAAGAUGGGCAUUUCAGCAGGAAAGAUUCUGAAGAAACAAUUUCUGUAGCCAACAAAAAUGAGAAAUGCAACAGUAAACAAGUUAGAAAGUCAAAUCCUUCACAUUUUCUUCCUCAGACAAAUGAAAAUAAAAGUCCUGUUACAGAAAGUCUUUCAAAAAGGACAUCAGUUUUGUUUCAACCAGAAAAUAUAAAUACCUCGGAAAUGAACAGCAAACGUGACAGCCAGGAGUGGAAUGCUAUAGAAAAUAGUUCCAGUGGCUUUUUAAAAGAAUCCUUCUCAAUAAAAAAAGAAACCGUAGAAUCUACUCAGUUUGAUAUUCAUUGUGCACAGCCCAACAAUACAAGUCUUAGGAUGGACAAAUUUUCGGAACCAACAUGUACAUUCUUGCCAAACAAUAUCCAACAUUCAAAUUCUUAUCAGUUUUCUCCCAGUUUCUCUAGAGAGCACAGCUGUAGAUUCUGUGGAAAACAAUUCUCAUUUAAAUGUACAAAAGUAAGACAUGAAAGAAAUAGUUGUGGAAAGACUAUCCAGACAAUGUAUUCAUGUGAAGUUUGCGAGAAAGUCUUUUCCCGCUCAGACAGUCGCGUGCGUCACAUGAUGAAAGCUCAUGGAGUAAUGUCGCCCAAUGCAAUGGCUCGUAAAAAUAAGACAAACUCAUCUUUUUGACAACAUAAUUAAUAUGUCUUCUGUAUUUUAUUGAAAUAUUUUGAUGAUUUGUAGAUUAAAAAAAAAUAACUUGGCAAAUUACAUGUAUUGGGCAUUGAAAUAUAUAUACUGUAGUAUACAAAAGAUCCAAAUAUUGUUUGAGUACAAUAAGCGUGAUAAGAGAGAAAUGCAAUUUUUAUUUAGCCAUUUUAAUCUAGUAUUUAUUAUUCUAGUGUUUAAAUUUUUUUUUUUUGGCAUACCAGGGCUAAUAUUACAAGUUGGUCCAAACAAAUAUUGAGCCUAAGUUGCCACUAUAUAUUACAGAGUAUAUGAUAUAACGGUAAUAGAAGAAUGUAUAUUUGAGGACCGAAAGUAAAUUCUUGAUAUUUAUCAAUUUUAGUAAUAGAUCUCAUAUAUUUAUGUUAAAGAGUUUGUUUUGAUUGUUUUAAAUGUUAUAUCCAUUGCAUCUUU